UCUUUCUGGGAUCAAGUGGAGAAAUUUGGGAGGAAGAGAAUGGACUGUGAAUUAGGGGAGCUUCGGAGAAAGCGGUCUGAAAUGGCUCAGGUCUGCUUACAAGGUGAAGCAGAUCCUGACAGACAAAUCUCUAAGACCCUACCAAUCAGGAAGAGCCAGGAUUCUUGGGCACAAUCUGAAACUAGGAUUAAAUGA